GCAUUGGGAUGGCCCGCUGGACACUACUGCUGCUGACCGCACUGGCUCUUGUGGCUCUGUCUGAAGGGUCAGGACGGAGAGCACCUUUCAUGCGAAGGAGACAGAAGAGAGAAUGGGUCAUUAGUCCUAAACUCCUGACCGAGAAUGAAGACCACACAAAACUGGAAUAUGUUGCCAAAAUCCGGUCGGACCGAGACGACGGCCUUCCCGUGUACUACUACAUCAAAGGGCCAGGGGCCGAUGAGGAUCCUGUCAAUCUCUUCUUUGUGGACAAGGAGGGCCUCAUCAGGGUUACCGGCGUUCUGGACCGAGAAAAGCAAUCUGAAUACAAUAUGACAGGUUUUGCAUCCUUCAAGAACGGGACGCUGGCAGAGGAAGCCAUCGCCGUUAACAUCAGGGUGGUGGACCUAAACGACAACGCACCUGUCUUUCCCGACCUGCCACUUGCCAGCGUCUAUGAGAACAGCCCAGAAGGAGAGUUUGUGGCGGUGGUGCGUGCCAGUGAUGCGGACGAGCCUGGGACCCCUCACACCUCUCUGGCCUACAGUGUGGUGAAGCAGGAGCCGGAGGAUGGAGAACUGCAUUUCUACGCAGACAAAAGCGGCACGAUUCGUGCUAAAGCUUCAUUGGACAGAGAGAGAGUCAGCUCCUACGUAAUCACUGUACAGGCAGCAGAUAUGGAUGGAAAGCCAGGUGGCCUCACGGGCACAGCAACCAUGCAAGUCAACAUCUUGGACGUGAAUGAUAUAAAGCCUUCGUUGGAAAAGGACGAGUUUGCCGUAAGCAUUGAUGAGAAUGUGGCAGACGUUGAGGUGAUGCGUUUCCGGGUCUUUGAUGACGACCUGCCAUUAUCAGAAAACAAACAAGCAUUGUUUGACAUUGUGUCUGGAAACGACGACGGUUACUUCAGCAUUCACACCGACCCCAGGACCAACGAGGGAGUCCUGAUGCUCAUGAAGCCUGUUGACUUUGAAGCCGUCCCCAACCUGAACCUGGGGGUCGUAGUUAUGAACGAAGCACUGGACGGAGCCAAGGCACCAGGGGGUGGAGGUGGAGGAGGAAGUGGAGGUGGUGGUAGUGGCGGACGUCCGGGCAGUCCAGGACAACCCGGCGGCAGUCCGGGUCAGCCAGGGCGGCCAGGAAGACCAGGAAAACCAAGCAGACCUACUAAAGGGCUCAAGAGCUACCCAGUGAAGGUCAGUGUGAAAAACUGCCCAGACGGGCCGGUCUACAACCCCAGCACCAAGCCCUUCUCUGUCCCAGAAGGUGUCACAGACGGCGCGCCCUUCAGUCCCAAGAUCAUUGGCACCUUCCCUGCAGCUGACGGAGACACUGGAGAACAGGCCACCAAUGUGCGGUAUGCAAAAGGAUAUGACCCCGAAAAUUGGCUCAGCAUUGACGAGGAAACAUCAGAGAUCACCCUGCACAGGAUGCCAGACCACGAGUCUCCAUAUGUGGUGAAUGGGACCUACGUCGCCAAGAUUCUCUGUAUGACCGAUGGAAUGCCCACCCAGACAGCCACUGGGACCAUUGCAGUGAGGGUGGAGGACACCAAUGACAACUGCCCCAGACUCACCAGCGACACACAGUACCUGUGCAGCGACACCAAGGUGGUGAAUGUGACAGCACUGGAUCUGGAUGGGCCCCCUAAUGGCGCGCCACUGGAGUUUGAGGUGCUGGAGAGCCCCAGGACAAAAUGGAGGGUGCAGAGGACUGGAGAUUCUACAGCCUCACUGUUGGCUGAGGAAGACCUGUGGCCAGGGACCUAUGAGGUGACCAUUGAGAUACGAGACCAGCAGGGAUUGGCCUGUCCAGACAAACAGGUGUUGCGAUUGGACGUCUGUACCUGCGAAGGAGGCGUGACUUCCUGUGCUCCGGAAGAAGACGGAAUAAAGGCGGCAUUGGCCAAUAAGAAGUCAGCUAAGCUGGGGGGAGCUGCAGUGGGGGUGCUACUGGGAGCCUUCCUGAUACUUCUGUUGAUCCCGCUGAUGAUUGUGCUGUGCUCCUGUGGGGGAGGACUGGGAGGAGGCUUCACUGAACUGCCAUACGACACCAAGACUCACCUCAUAUCCUACCAUACAGAGUGCAAAGGAGAGGACCGGGAGGUGCCACUGAUGAGCAUCCCAGUGCAGGUGGUCUCUAAGAGCGCUCCAGUCGCUGCCGCCGGCAACAUGUCCGCCAUCACCAUGGGCAACAUGGACGCCGUUACCACGACUACAACAAGGCAAACACAGGCCAGCGCCUUCGGUGGCGGAUUCGCAGGUUUCAACUAUGAAUACGAGGACGAGGAGGUGGAUGGAGGCUGGAUGAUGGAGUAUGGUGGUGCCCACAGUGAGGUCAUGACGCAUCUGCAGGAGAUGCGGGAGGAGGACAAUGGGCUGUACUCCCUGGCACUGCCAGACACUCUACUGGCCAAUUACUACUCACAGAAAGCGGACUACAUGGCCCUCAACGACCCCCAGAGGGACAGCAUCCUGUUUUACGAGUAUGAGGGACAGGGCUCUCCCGCUGGCUCCGUGGGCGGCUGCAGCGACCUUGGGGACGAGGAUGACAUCCAGUUCCUCGACGACCUGGGGUCAAAGUUCACAAUCCUCGCCCAUGUCUGUGGGUACUCCAAACCGGAGCCCAUCCCACCACCGCCCAUCGCAGAGGCUGAGACCAGGACCAGCAGCAGCAGCAGCAUGAGCAGCAUUGUCAAGGCAACCACUGUGACACAACAACAGAUGAUGGAGUCUAGUUCCGUGGGGCAACCACCACAGAUAGAGAGGAGCAUGAGCAUGCCAAGCCCCACGUCCCCAACUAUCGGGACCGUCAAUACAAAUGCCACUGCCACUCUCUCCAGGGUGCAUUUGCAAGAGGCCGUUCCCAUGCCCAUGGCCGUGCCCACCCAGACGGUGCUGGUGCAGCAGCAGCAGCCCAUGUACUACAUGGUGGAGCCGCAGGUGCAGAACACAGUGCUGCUGGCUGAGAGGCCUGCAAUGGGUCUGGGGCAGGGAGUCUUCCUGGUCAACGGGGGACAGGCGGCCACAGACGGGCUGCUGGUCCAGGGAGGAGGGCUGGUCCAGGGAGGAGGGCUGGUGCAGGGUGGAGGAUUUGUACAAGGAGGGGGAUUGGUCCAGGGCGGAGGGCUGGUCCAGGGAGGAGGGCUGGUCCAGGGUGGGGGAUUGGUCCAGGGAGCAGGGUUAGUACAGGGCGGAGGAUUUGUACAAGGAGGGGGAUUGAUCCAGGGUGGGGGUUUGCUCCAAGGUGGGGGACUGGUCCAUGGGCUGGUCCAACAGGGUACCCAGGGCUUCGUGGUAUCUCAGGCUGGGGAUCGCCAGGGGAAUACGGGCGCAAUCCGCAAGGAAUCGAGUUCCUCAGGGCAGACCACAAUGGGACGACGGGAGAGCAUAGUGCUAGCCCAGGCUGGGCAGGAGCAAGGGGUCCAGCAGGCCUGGGUGUUGUCCCAGGCCGGGAACUGUCAGGGCACCCAAGGGAUGGUGGUGACUGAUGGUGGACAGAUUCAGGCUCCUCCCAGGGGGUUGCUUCUCCAGGGUUCAGGCCAUGUAAUGCCUGCUGGGACCAUCCAGGGAAGACGACCGAGUGGUGUGAUGGACCCUCACGGUGUGCACAACCCAGCGUCAACAACGACUACGUCAACAACAACAACAAGCAGACGACGGACCUCCAGCUCCCCACAAUCUCCUGGCCUGUUCCUGGUCAAUGGAGGUAGACAGGCCGACACAAUGAUCCUAAGCUCCCCCCAAGCUGAGGAGCUGGUGCAGAUGGGGGGGCAGAUGGUGAUGGUGCAGCAGCAGGGGUAUCAACAACAGCCCAGUAGCCAUGGAGCUGGGGGGGACACCCUUGUAAUGAAUGGAGGAGGGGGUCCAGCCAUUGGGAUUGGGGCAACUCUUGACCCUGCCAGUCCCAGACAGCCUCUCCGACCUGCAUCCAGCACGGCUGGCUCUACAAUGCUGCUGUAA